AAACAAAAAUAUUUAGUUCUUUGUUUUGCUACGACGGAGAAAUUUUUUGAUCAUUUUGAAUCUUAAGUUAAAACAAUUUAAAACGAACAUUUACAAAUAAAAACUGAAGCUGUAGCACUGCCACAACUGGAAGCAUUUGAGGAAAAUCCAAGUGAAUUAAAUAAUUGAUGGAAAAAGCCAAGAAAAUUAAAUGGAAAAAGCUAUAAAUUUUUAGUAUUGAUGGUGAUGAUGACAUUGGCAUAAACAAUACAAAAAAGCAAAGAAAAAACCAAAAUACUUCUGGAGAAAAGGAGAGCGAAAACGGGUGUGUGAAAGAGAGAGUGGGAUUGAAAACAAACACAAAGUUGAGAACAAGUUUUUAAGAAGAACCAACAAAAAAAUUAUUUGAAGUGAUAAGAAUUGCUUUUAUCGGUAACAUUUUUCAAUAAUACGAAUUGUUUGUGUUGAAUUUUUGCUGGGAAGAUAGUGUGAAUUCAGCAAGAUUAUUGCAAGAUUAGAAGAACUUUGGUCCAGCUGUUUGUUGUUGGCAAACAACAAUAACAGCUAUUGGGCUAUUGGAGGCAGCAUAUUUCUACUGUUUGUAACUACUAUACACAUACUGGCUCACUUACCUUGGUUUAAAACACAUCCCGAAGACCUCUAUCGCCGGAGUCGUAGACUUUAUUACUUGAGACUGCAGUGUAUCGCCAAUAUUGAUCAAUUCAUAGACUUCUAUACUAAUGUGUCACGCAAAAUGGACAGUGUGUUUGAAGCAUACUUAGGUCCGGAUGGCGUUUUGGCCGGAGCAGUGGUUGGUGCUGUGGCCGGUGCUACCGGUGAACCAGAUGACAUACCCAAAGUUAAUACUACUGUUUGGAUUUUGGGUAAAAGCUAUAAUGCCAUACAAGAAUUGGAACUAAUACGUCGCGAUGUUCAGUCGCGUCUUUGGUGUACAUACCGUCGGGGUUUCGUACCGCUAGGCGAACCACAGCUGACUACCGACAAAGGCUGGGGCUGCAUGUUGCGUUGCGGCCAAAUGGUUUUGGCUCAGGCUCUAAUCGAUUUGCAUUUGGGCCGCGAUUGGUUUUGGACAGCUGAAACAAGAGAUUCGACAUAUUUGAAAAUUGUUAAUCGUUUUGAAGACUCAAGAAAAAGUUAUUUUUCCAUACAUCAAAUUGCCUUAAUGGGAGAUUCGGAGGAUAAAAAGGUGGGCCAAUGGUUUGGUCCGAACACUGUGGCACAAGUGCUCAAAAAACUAGUUCGUUACGAUGACUGGUGUAGCUUAAUGAUUCAUGUAGCUAUGGAUAAUACAAUUGUCAUAGAUGACAUAAUUUCACUUUGUUUGACAAAUCCCAAAAAUGACGAAUCUUGGAAACCUUUGUUACUUAUACUACCCUUACGUUUGGGACUGAGUGACAUUAAUCCCAUUUAUAUACCCGGUUUAAAGAAAUGCUUUGAGCUGGUGGGAAAUUGUGGUAUGAUUGGUGGUCGCCCAAAUCAGGCUCUAUAUUUUCUGGGCUAUGUGGAUGAUGAAGUAUUAUUUUUGGAUCCUCAUACCACACAAAGAUCGGGAGGAGUGGGUCAGAAAACUACACAAGAUGAAAUUGAUUUCGAUGAAACUUUUCAUCAGAAAUAUGCGGGUAGAAUACAGUUUACCCAAAUGGAUCCUUCGUUGGCUGUGUGUUUCCUUUGUAAAUCGCGUAUGUCAUUUGAUAUUCUAUUGGAGAAUUUAAGAAAUCAAGUGUUAACAGCCAGCACCCAACCAUUAUUUGAAAUAACUAAAACUCGUUCACCGGAAUGGGUGUCAAGCAUGACAGGUAUUAUGGCUUCUACUAAUACCACAUAUCACUAUCCUUCUAUUCUUUUAAACGACUCCACCAUCAGUAUAGAAUCUGAAACCGAUACAGAACCAAUUGAACACUGUUAUAAUUCUUAUGAAGAAGUUGCCAGUGAUUUAAACACUUCCUAUAUUACUUACACAACUUCGUCAGAUGAUUUAAAAAGUUAUAGUUCGGCACGAACUAUAAGUUGUGGUGACACAGAAGAUUUCGAAAAGGUUAACCACUCAUCCGUGGAGGCAAAACGACGUAAUUGCUGUGAUGAUAACGAAGGUUCCGAUGAUGAUUUUGAAUUUAUAUCCUAGUUUAAAAUAAUUUUACUAUUUCAAUUGAAUUAACUUAAAUUUAUUAUUACAAAACAUAAUUAUUUUUAUUAAAGUGUUAAUGAAAUUUUAUGAUUUACUUUAUUUUCAUUUACUAUUUUUCUAUUUCUUUUACACUUACGUACAUACAUACAUUUAUGUCUUGUAAUUAGUUUUAUUUAAGCUUUUUGUUUAGUCUCAAUUUAUUCAUUUUUUAUAUAAUAUAAAUAUUUAAAUUAAAUAAAGCGAGAUAAAUUAAUUGAAACAAAAUAAA